AUGGCGCGUGAAACAGACGACUCGUCCUCCCCAAACAAACGCCUGAAAACCCUAAAUCCCCAAAUCGAAUCCCAACCGGAUCCAAAUCAACCCGAAACCCCGCCGGAAACCGAUGAUUCGCCGCCCGACCGCUGCGCUAUUUGCUUCUUGGACGAUGGCAAAGCCGCCCGAGGCAAAAUCGAUUGCUGCGACCACUACUUCUGCUUCUUGUGCAUCAAAGAAUGGGCCAAAACCGAGUCACGCUGCCCAAUUUGCCGCCGGCGGUUCAACUCCAUCCGGCGGCCGCCGAAAGUCGGCGUCUUUGUUCGUGAGCGCGUUGUUAAGGUCCCGGUUCGAGAUCAGGGAGAUAAAUCGGGGCAUGUUGAUGCUUAUGAAGAAGUAGCGUGUAAUGUGUGUAGCUCAAUGACAGAUGAUCAUUUUAUGUUGCUAUGUGAUUUAUGUGAUGGAGCGGCACAUACUUACUGUGUUGGGCUUGGUUACACUGUGCCGGAAGGCGAUUGGUUUUGUAACGACUGCAUAGCUUCUAGACCUGAGCUUGCUAAUGGGAAUGGUGAGGAUGAAUGUGGUAUGAUCCCAACAGAAGCUGUGCCUGUGCCUUGUUUAUCGGUCUCUGAUAUUGUAAGAGAACCGAAUUUCUCGGUGGUUCAAAGACCGGUGAGAAUCACUCCAAAUUCAAAUCAGUCCUUGGUUGGUGCUCAAGUUGGCAGGCCAGCAAAAGCACCACCAAGGGUUGCCAGUAUAUCAGCUGAAUCAGCUGCAAGAACAUUGGAUAGGUGUCGAAAUGUGCAGACUCGCAUAUUUACACUACGUGAGAAUUGGAAUGGCUUCCGCAGUGGUGCAUUGAGCUUCCCUGCAAGUUCAUCGAAAUCGAAAGCUGGGUGCAGCGGUAGUCAAGGAAAUGGUGUGAUGUCUCUUGAAAGAUCAAGCCAAACAGAAUCUUCAUUAUCUCCAAGUCGUCAGGAACUGGAAAUUCGAGGUGGUUGCGACCCCCAUGAUAUUGCCAAGGCAUGGAAAAUGCUGGAAAGGGCAAAGCCAAAACAGUGUAUACAUAAAAAGAACAGUAGUGGGGUUCAGUUGUUGCAGUUCUCAAAACUUCCUUUUAGCAGAACAAGUGCUCUGAAGGAACAAACCAGUGCGAAUCCAUGUCCCUAUAGAUCAGGUCAACAACAAGCCUCGUUUUCAACAGGUUGUCAGCAAAAUGAAGUAGGUUGUGGCUCGCGUGAGAUUGUCAAAACAUGGAAAAUAAUGGAUAGGGCAAAGUUGAAACAACAUGUUGAUGAAAGCACCAGCAGUGCCCUGAAGCUUCCAUCUAGGAAAGCAAAUGCUUCACAUGAAGCAAGCAAUGUGAAUUCAAGUUUCAACACAUUGAAAGGCCAACAACUUGGAGCUCCAAAUCAAGGAAGACCUGAAAUGGAGAAGGUAUACAAAGGUAAGGAAAGGCAGCCUAGGGUCACAACACAGGAGGCUGUAGAGUCAAUCCUAGGCAUUUCAUGUAGUAAUUCUUCACCAGGAUUAUUUAUAGCUCCAUAUCCUAGGAACAUGAAUAGGUCAGCUUCAUUACAGAAAAAUCAACCUGCACUGAGUAUGGUUAAUGAGCAAAAUGGUUCUGCUUCUUCACUGAUGGAAGGAACUUCUAAUUCGUUUUGUGGCAAACCUGAGCUCAGUACAUCUUCUUCCGGGAACUUAGAAGAGGUCUCUGUGGAAAGCAGAGCAAGAAAAGUAGACGAUGAGGCCAAAAGUGAGAUCCAGUCUCUUGUCAAGAUGAACUUGAAGCUUCUAAGUAAAGACCAGCGCCUAGGAGCUGAUGCAUUCAAACAAAUUGCUAGGGCUGCCACACAUACCGUCUUGGCUGCAUGUGGUUUAGAGCAUCAUCACAAGUCUGUUGUGCACUCAUCCUCAAGCUUAGUAUGCCGCCACACCGAACAGCUUCAGCUGCCACAUAAAUCUAAUCUGAUGCGUAAGGCCUGCCGAGAUUGCUUUUAUGGGUUUGUGAAAGAUGUUGUCAGUUCAAUUCUGCACAAUCAUGAUGGGUUCCGACUGCGUCAUGAAGGUGGACAUCAUCAUCACAAGUUCUCAUUGCUUGACAGAAACGUCGACACACUUUCGUCACCUGCAUUUUUCCUGGAUCAAUCGAUUGAGAGCGUACAGAUUGUGGGAUCUGAUAAUGGUUUGGUCUGCCUUCAUCUUCUUGAAGAUGGAAUCGAAACGGAGCAAAUCGUGGUAUGGAACCCAUUAACAAAACAAUAUAAGAAACUACCUAAGCCCUUGUCUUUGGAGGGGGAAGUAAAGGAGAAAAGAAACAUGAGGACACCAAAGGUAGGUUUUGGAUUCAUUCAGGGCCAUGGCAUGGAUAUCGAUUACAAACUGGUGAGGAUUUCACUGAGGAAUUAUAGAAGACUUGCAACCCAAGUCUCCACACGAAGUUCUAAAUCAUGGAGAGAACUUGAAGACAGUAAUCUAUCAUGUUUUGGGAUUGAUAAGGAGUCUUCCAUUACUUUGAAUGGAGUGUUGUAUUUCUUGUCAUGGACUACUUAUUCGAGGGGCCUCAACGACAACGGAUGGAGAGUUUUCUCAUUCAACCUGCAUGAUGAGGUGUUUCAUAGCAUACCAUUACCGUCUGAUAACAGUGGCAGCAGAUCACUCUUUGCAUGGAACAAUUUGGUUGCUUGUUCGUUAUGCUCUGACAGACUUAGUACCCAGUAUGAUGUUUGGGUGAUGAGAACAGAAUCUGGAGAUGCUACACAAAUGCCAACUAGCUGGAAUUGGACUAAACAAGUUACUAUGAAACAACCUGAUGGAUGGAUCUAUUGUUAUCCCUAUGGAGUUUGGGAUAAUCAAUUUAUUCUUAUCAAAUACCGACCUGAUAGUCACAAAGAUGCAUAUCAUCUGAAACAUCUCUGUGCGUAUGACCUUGGAAAUCAGAAAGAGCGGGUGCUUAUCGGACCAGAAAGGCUAGGUGGUUACCGUCGUCAAGUGGUAGAUUACGUGGAGAGCCUAGUUUCAGUCUAA